CUGCUAUUGUAAUAAUUUAGGGUUAUGUCUUGUGUCUUGUUUUGAGUGUUGUCAAAAUUUAAAAACUCAUAUUGCGUUGUUAUUUUCUUAUAAAACGAAACGACUAAUCGCUGUUUACUCCAUUUGCGAUUAUUUACAAUAUGGGUGGUAAGCACAAAGUGGCAAACAGAACCAAGAACAAUGCAAGGCCCUCUAACAGCGGAAGAAGCGCGGAACUUCUUGGCACGUCGAUGCCCCAAUUCGUAGGAUUCUCAGGAGUGAAAGAUUCAGCUUUCGGAUUUUCCCUUUCGAAUCCCGACGAAAUCGAAACUUCCUUAGACCCAAACAUUCAAGUUAUUCUCAAAAAGAUUGCUAAAAAAGACUCGACUACCAAAAUAAAGGGUUUACAAGAAUUCGCGGAACUGGUGAAAGAAUCGGAAGUAGACAUUGUGAAAAGCAUCUUACCAGUCUGGCCUCGAUUUUAUAACAUUUUAGCCACCGAUACGGACAAUCACGUCAGGGAAGCUACGCACAACGUUCAUCAUCAAAUUGUGCUUAAAGUCAAACGUAACAUUGCUCCAUACUUAAAGCAAUUAAUAGCCCCUUGGUUUACCUCACAGUAUGACACCUACCCUCCUGCAGCGAGUAUCGCUUCGCAGGCCUUUAUGGAUGCGUUUCCUCCUAAUAAGAUCCAAGAAGCGAUUGUGUUUUGCCAAGAAGAAAUCCUGAAUUACCUGAGCGACAAUUUGCUGGUCCAAACAGCUCAGACUCUGAGCAAUUUGAAAAACGUUUCAGCCGAGGAGGCCGAAGCCAAAUACGAGAGAGUUCUGAUAUCUUGUCUUCAGGGGUACUGCUUGUACCUGGAGAAAGUGUCCAUCGAACAAAUAAAAAACGCCAUCGAUUUAAACAAUAGCAUCGUUUCGAACAGUAAAUUUUGGAAGUUUUCCAAAAGCAAAGUUGCCCGAGUGAGAGCUUCAUUUUUUAAAAUAAUUAGUGUUUUAUGCCAAAAAGCGCCCUUUCUUCUGGAAGAGAAGGGUUCAAACGUGGUUAACAAUGUAUUUAAUAACUUGGAAGAACACGAUGCAGUUGUAUUACCACAGGUGUGGGAAGCAGCUCUUCUAACUGUAUCUAAUAUAAAGGAUUGGUGGACCUACAUAAAUAUAGAAAAACUAUUUCUACCCAAACUUUGGAAAAUAUUGAAACAAGGUGGCCAAGGCAAUGCUUCAGUAAUUUAUCCCAGCUUACUGCCUUUGAUUUCCUAUUUACCUCCUACUAUUGAAGAAACUGUACCACAAUUCUACAGUCUAUUUUUCGAAAAUCUAUGGCUGGGAUCCAAACAGAAAUCGACGGUUGCCAGUCGAAGCGAAUCGGUUGCAGUGGCGACAGCUUUCGUAGAGUGCCUUCAAUAUAUCAUAUUAAAAAAGCAAUCUGAUCUACCCUUUUGCAAGACUCUAAUUAAAACCCACCUUUUGGCCUCGAUAGAAUGGUGUCUCUUAGAAGAUUCGACUAAUUACAAGUCUUUGUUCAAUCAAAUCGCGUCUUUGAUACAACAUUGGAGUAGAAACUUGGAUUCCGACGGCUUGAAGGCUUGCUUGGAGUUCUUUUUAGAGAAUGUACUAGAUUUAUUUAGAGACACUUUGUUCAAUGUUAAAGAAAUUCCGUGUUUCGAUGUGGAAAGUUUUGCUGUGAAACAACUGGACUUUAUGCAAUCCUUGAAAUGUAUCAGCAAAUCUAAAAAACAAUACAAAGUUAAAUUUUGCACCGAUUCGGAGAGCAGCUCAAAGCAGAAACCAGAAGUUGGAAAUGUUAUUAACGAUAAAAACUACCUAGAUCGCCUAAACAUCUUUGCUUAUAAUGUAUCCGAACUUUAUGUGCAAUAUACCACCGAAAAGAAGUCGAACAUUCUAAUUAAGCAUUUGUAUUCUCUUGUCAUAAACUUUGAUACCGAAUGUUUCUUUUUGGCAAUGUCUGAAAGGCUAAAAUCGAAAAACCCCGACUCUACUUUAGCCGAUAUAUACUCUAACGUUCUGCAACCUUGGCUCAAUACUCAAGAGUUGUGUUGCAAGCACGUUGUUAGUCUGAUAUUUCUGUUGUUUGAGUUCCUGCAAACCGAGGAUAAAAGCGCGAUAUUAAAUACGUUUUUGAAAGUACCUUCCGACGAGUGUUUGAGCUGGUGCAUUUCCGAGGCUCUAUCGCACCCGCACAACAAGAAUCCCCUGGUUAAGGAAUGGCUGAGAUCGGAGAGGAUCAGCAAAUUCAUCAUCUCCAUCACUGAUUUAAUUAUCGUAGACGGGUGCCCGCCUGAAUUAGGAGUGCUAUUUAAGCUAUCACUCGUUGAAGAUGAAAAUGGAGAGAUCCUCCUCCACAAGGAGGCGGUUUUGAGCAUAGUUUCGAAAUUGACUCUAGCUAUAGAGAACUACACAGAUCAUACAAUAACAGCUGACACUUGCACCAGUCAAGCCGCUUACAUCUCUGCUAUUAUCUACACGGAGAAUUUGCUGUUAACGUACAAGGACACCUUGCUAUUGGCGCUGUUUAGGCUGUCCUGCAAUCCCGAGAUCGACAACGAAAUCGUCUCGCAGGAGACGAUGUAUGAAGUGACGACGUCUUGGCAGGACGCGCUCACUUUGCUCACUAAAAACCUAAGCAAAGAAGAGAGUUUGAGUCUGUGCUCCAAACUGGCCGGGAUAAUCGAAGAUGAGUUCUCCAAAAGCGAUUUGAGCGAAUCGAAGUUGAAUCAUUUCGUUAAAAUAAUCGUGAUGGCGUUGAUAGCUGUUUAUAAAAGCGUUCCACUCGGUUUGAGCGAGUUUUUCGAAAUUUUCCUGCGGAACGAAGCGGUUCAUUCCUCACAAGGGUUUAUAGAAGAACUUUGCACUUUAACGGAGUUUCUGAAUGGUAAUUUACCUCGCCCGCACAAAGAAAUCGAUCCUAUUACUACUAACGUAGAGAAUAUCGAUGUGGCUCGAUACUUUGCUUGGAUUUAUUUAAAAAUAGGAGUGUUAAGUUCUUCUUUCGGCGAUGCAAUCGAUGAUGAAGAUGAUGAUGAUGAUGAUAGCGGCGAUGAAAUGGAAAGACAAGUACUUAUUUUAACCGUUAUCAAUCAGGUCGAAGUGUAUGCUUCUCAAAUAUUACACGAUUUGUGCGUUGGAGAGACGUAUUUAACCACGUUUAAUAAUGUGGUACAUUACGAUGCAAUAUUGCAUUACAACGUACUAACCGAAAUGAAAGUAAUAGAGGCCUUAAAAGUGUGCGAUAAAAUACUAAAAUCCAACAUAACGAUUUAUUUGAAUGAUAUGUCAAUGAAAAAUGGAUGGUAUUGGAUCAAAGCGGUUUAUUUAUACUAUUCCAAGAUUCAACCUCAAGAUCUGUGCUCAGUUUACGAGGACUUUGUUAGAAACAUCCCAGAUAGCGAAGUAGAAAUUACUUUACAAGCGACCAGAAUAUUCAAAGACCAUCUAACAUACGACAACGUACAAAACAAAUUCGACGCCGUCGGCGAUAUUAUCGUAUUGAGAAGUUUAAUUCGUUGCGAGGAAAUCGACGUGCAAAUUGCCGAGGUCUUUACCAAAAUGGUGAAUAUACGAAUCGCCGAUAUUCCUAAAUUCCUGUACAACUCAAGCCUCAUCAGCUGGCAGGAUUGCCAGGUAAUCGUCGAAAUCAUCCGAUUGUGCUCGUGCAUGAUGAAAUCGAAAUUUCAAUGUUUCAACCAGAAGCAUUGGGACUUUGGGAUUAUUUCAUUGGUGUCUUGGGCUUCUAAUUGCCUAAAAGCUAAAGUUUUGUUUGAUACUUACCAAUAUCAAUCAUUACUGUGCGCAGUGGUAAACCUCUAUGUUAACACUGACGCGCAAAUGAGGCACUUAAAAGAACAGAAAAUACCGUGCAGUUACAUCGACGAAUGGGAGGAGAUAUUAGUAGAAAGCACUCACAAUGACCUCUUGCAAAUUUGGCUGUACUUAGCAGAUCAGCUGAAUCGGAAACAAAACAUAACGACCUUCUUGCCAUUGAUACAAGAAUUCACAAAGAUAUUUUCGCACGUUUACUGCGAGCGAGUGUUCAAAGCCAGCGAGAGUUUGCCCAAAUGGUCCAAGUACUUGAAGCAGAGCUGCUUGCUCUUGACCAAUUCCCAGCCCAGUUUGCAGCUGUGGGGCUACAAAAUGUUGCUCGCCUUCGUGCCCGGACUGGUGAACAUCGACGCGGAGGCCGUGAGCACUAACAAUCCGCACAAAAUGGGCCUGAUAUUCGAACAGUUCAAGGAGAAGCUGGUGGAAACGCAGGACAUCGUUAACAGCUUGCUUAUGGAAUUUAAAUUGGGAGAUGAUAGUUGCAGAGUAGAGCCACUGACAGACUCGUUUACUUAUACCUUUGCAUAUUUGCUGUUGUGGGAUAUUCUGUUGUCGCUGUGCGAGAAAUCCUCAACGGAAUUGAGAUUUCAAUACGCCGAUUGGUUGAAGAACGAGGAUUUGUUGGAAAAUCUUUUGAACAACCUCUUCAGGUUAAUGCCGGCGGAGGUUUUGCAAUUCAGCGAAAGGAAAUCCAAAAGCCUGAUGGAGCCGUUUUUGAGGAAACCGGACAUUUCCGUGACAGAUACGUGCGAUAGCGAGAAGAUUGAAAAUCUGGUUUGUUGGAUAUAUUCGUCGACUCUAGCGCAAUUACCGGCUGUUGUGAGGCACUGGUGGACGAGUUUGGAUGGUAAAUUGUCCCAAAUCGUCGAAAAGGUGACCCAAUGCUACGUAUCGACGCACUUGGUUACACAGGAAUUGAACGAGUUGUUGGCCUGCCAAAGCAAAUUCAAAAACAUGGUGCUGAACGUGUUGCCCGGAGCGAGGGAAAUAAUCGCCAUUUACACGGUGGACGAGGCGCAGGUGGAACUUAUAAUAACUCUGCCGCCGAACUAUCCAUUAGGUUGCGUGUUUGUCCGUUGCGACAAGCAGAUCGCCGGCGCCAGCCUCAAGCAAUGGUUGUUGCAAUUUAAGAAAUGCGUGGUCCACCAGAACGGCCGGAUCUGGGACGGGUUGUCCCUGUGGAACAAUAAUUUGGACAAGAAAUUCGACGGGGUGGAGGAAUGUUACAUCUGUUUCGCCGUUUUGCACCCGGGAACCUACCAGUUGCCGAAGUUGUCCUGUCAGACGUGCAAGAAAAAGUUCCAUUCGGCUUGCUUGUACAAAUGGUUUAGGACGAGCUACAAGAGUUCGUGUCCGGUGUGUAGAAAUUUAUUCUAGAAGCCAAAUCGCUAAGUACGUGUUUCUUCGAUUCAAACGUAACGUUUCUUUUGUAAAUAAAUUUAAACUAAUUUAAUUUAAUGAAAGGAAUAAACAAUUCUAUUUUCGCUAUUCGCAGAGUUCCCAUUAUUAAGAAAUGCGUAGGUAGGUAAACGAUUUUAUUUUUAAAAUGAAAGUUGUACAUACGAUUCGUUAAAUAAUAAAUAAAAAAAUUUAUUAAUCAUGUAUAAGGCCAUCAAAUGUAUGAUAAUUUCACUUUGAAUUGCGAUUGAAAAAUAUUGUAUUUUUAGAAAUUAGCUAGAAUAUCAACAAUUUCACUUUUAACAAUUUAAAUUUAUUGCAACAGUAACAAUUCACCUAAGCAAUUGCUGCAUUGGCCGCUAUACUGGGACUGUUAAUUACUUCUCCUAAGCUUUCCAGCAGUUCUUUCCUGUAAUCAUCAAAGUCUCCAUCCAAUUCGUUGAUUGUUCUGUCUUCAAUUAUGUAGAGGGCACAGCUGGUGUCUCUGAAAUUGGUUUAUUAAUAAUCAAUAUUUCAUUCAAUCCCUUAGAAAGGCAUUUAAUAAUGUUCGCGAUAGUUCUCGAUAUGAAUUAUUUACCUUAUUAAUCGUUCGUCGUGGGAAACAAUUAUUACGCCACCAGUGUAUUCGUUAAUGGCUUCUGCCAGAGCAUCGAUUGAUUCUAUGUCUAAAUUAUUAGUAGGUUCAUCCUACGAGGUAAAAAGUAAUUAAAAACGAGUGUAAAAAUGAAAAAACGAACGUACCAAAAUUAGUACAUCGGGAGCAUUCAAACAAAGUUCAGCUAAGGCUACACGAGCUUUCUGUCCACCGGAAAGAUCCUUCAUACGAAUAGUAUGUGCAUGACUAGCCAAUCCAAACGUUCCUAAUUGCUUCCUCGCCUUCUCAUAGGGUAGAUCAAACAACCGCAUGAGGUAUUCUGAAGGAGUUUCUUCAGCGGUUAGAUGUUCUCCGGAGUGCUGGUCGAAUCUUCCAAUACGCUAAAGGAGUAAACAAGUAAUAAACUUCAGUACAAAUGACUAUAAUAUCGCUUUACCAAUCUGUGAUUCCUUCUAUUUUCUCCUACAGCUGGCGUCAAAUCUCCUGUUAACAAUUUCAAAAAUGUGGAUUUUCCUACACCAUUCGGUCCGACAAUUGCCACUCUACUGCUCAUGUCGAUACCGAAAUCCGUGUUUACGAAGAGAGGUUUCUGUCCGGGCCAUCCGAAAGUAACAUCUAAAAUAAGCAGCGUAUAGUUUACUUAUCAUAAUUAGUUGCAAGUGGCAAUCUUACUAUGUAUUCCUAAAACAGGCGGUUGAAGAGGUGGAGGUUCCGGGAAGCUGAAUUUCACUAAAUAUUCUUUAGGUUUCUGAAGUAACUCUGUAGGAGUAAUUUCCUCGUCUUGUUUCUGGAUUUUCGUUCUAUUUUUCUCCUGUUUCCUGGUCAAAGCUUCUUUCUGCUUUUUCUCCUAUAAAUCCCAAUUUGAUUAAAACCACUCUUAUUGUAUACAUAUAAAUGAUUAACUUACAGCUUGUUUCUUGGAAGAUCCGGAAGACUUCAACUCUUUUAACCGCUUUUCCUGUUUCUCGUACUCCUUGAUCAUUUCUUUCCUCUUUUGCACAUGCAUUUUCUUAAACAUCGAAUAGUUCCCUUUGUAAUAGUACAACUUUUUCUGAUCCAAGUGAAUGAUUUCAUUGCACACGUUGUCCAAGAAAGAUUGAUCGUGAGAAACAAUGAGAAGGGUCUUUUUCCAUCCUUGUAAGUAACUACAAAAGAUUAUCGAUCGGUAAAUAAUUCAGUGAAAUGUUUUGGAAUAAGCUUACUUGUCGAGCCAAAUAACCGCGUUCAAAUCUAAAUGAUUAGUAGGUUCAUCGAGCAAUAACAACGUUGGUUCGAUGUAAAGCGCCCUGGCCAGGGAGACUCUCAUACGCCAGCCACCGGAGAAGUUUUUCGUAGCACGAUCCUAGUUAAAAUGCGUACAUGUAACAACAGUUCGCUUAAUUCGUGGGUUACAAACCUGCAUUUCUCGGUCAAAUCCCAAACCGGCUAAAAUUCUCCUCGCUCUGGGCUCGGCGGAAUCGGCCCCGAUGGCUUUCAAUUCCGCGUAAACAUCGUUUAAUUUUUCUUGAACUUCCAAGUUGCCGCCGUUGAAAGCAGCCUCCAAUUCUUUGCAUUCUUUGAGUAAAUUGUUCCUUUUAACGUCGGCAGCUAGGACGGUUUCGACUGCAGUGUUGUCAUCCGCUACUACUUCUUGUUCGCAGUAGAGUAUGUCGAUGUUGGGAGGGAUCUCGAAGGCUCUUUGGGCUAUGUGUCGCAGCAAUGUAGUCUUUCCGUGUCUAAAAUAAGAAUUAAAAAUGAGUAGUCUUGAACAGUGUAAGAAGAAAUUGAUGACUUACCCGUUGGGGCCGACUAAGCCGUAAUGUCUGCCUUGAGCAAUUAAUAAAUUCGCGUUAAUGAACAAAUCGUUUCCUUUAGCGGCUAUACUGAAAUUCUCGACUUUUAUAUCGACUGCAUUUUCGAACGCAGCCAAUUGCCCAGCGGUUUUCUGCGCCUGCGUUACGGUAAAGUUGCUGUCUAAUUCGGAAUGGCCUUGUCCGCCCUUCUUCAGCAUCGUCUCCAUUUGCUGUUCGUAUUGCUGCAUUUUCUUCAUCUUUUUCUUCUCUUUGUGAGUUAAUUUUUUUUCUUUCGAUUCCGAUUGAUCGCCGAUAUCGGUCGAGCUGAGCUUUUCGGUUAUUUCCUCUAUUUCCUUGGCUGGUGUUUCUUUUGCUACUGUUUCAUCAGCUUUACUACUUGUACCAUUUUCGAUUGGUUUAUCCGAUAUUUCUUCUACGUUAUCAUCUGGGGCAGAUGGUUCGGAUUUCAAGUUUUGGGUUUUACUUUUCUUUUUGGAUUUUGUGGGUAACGGUAACUCUUCCACGGAUUUAAGGCUUCCUUCAUCCUGAGAUUCAUUAUCGACAUCAUUCUAAAAAAAUAAUACUAAUUACAGCGAUCCUAAAGGGCAAAUUACUAAUAUUUACCUUAUCAUUACUCUUAUCCUUUGCAGAUUCACUAAUUUCAGAAUCAACAUCUAACUCAUCAUCUAUAUCCACUUCUUUCUUCUUUUUAUUCUUCUUUAACGAUUUUUUUACUAUUUGUGGUACAUUCUCAUCUUCGCUCUCCGAUAGCUUAACUUCAAUGUCUUCAUCGUCUGACCAAUCGCCUUUCUUUUUCUUAUUCUUCUUGGCAGACUUUUUAGCUGCUAUAAAUGCAGGCUUUGUUUCUUCAUCAGAAAGUUUGAUGUCUUCUUCUUUAUCGGACCAAUCGUCGUUUUUAUUGGCCUUUCCUGGAUAUAAAAGGAAAAGUUAAAUAUUUAUGCGCAAUUCAAUAUUACGGGUAAUUGACCAUAUGUUGUUUCAUAAUGAUGUUAUAACCUGUAGGUUAUUGGCUGAACAAGUUAUUUAGAAUAUGUGAGAUCAAUAGUAAUCAAGUAAGUUCAGUAACGUGCAGGUUGUAAGUGUAAAAUGAUACGAGAAUGAAUGAUUAUUGGGGAGGAAUUGAAAAUCGAAUAAAAAUUACCUUUCUUGGCUUUCUUUUUUGAAGCAGGCUUAGAUUCGAUCGGUUCUGAUUUAUCGACGAUUUCUUUACCUAAAAAAUAUUAAAAUAAAGCAACAAUCUUUAUAUUAUCUGCAAUAUUAACCUUGGUCAAGAUCCUCGUCAUCACUCCAACCAUCUUUGCCUUUCUUCCCUUUCUUACCGGCCUUACUUUUAGAUUUAGGAGCCGGCUUUUCCUUUUCACUAGUAAUACUGUUGGUUUCUUCAAAAUCGUCGUCUAGAUUUUUCUUAUUACCUCGCUUUUUCGACAUUUUUCUAAAUUUCAAAAUUUGACCACAAUCCACUUAACCUUCUUAUUCAAAAGACACAUGUGUCAGUG